GGUGCUAUAUGUGCCAUUAAGUACAAAAUAAAAUCAUGUUAUUAGCUGACUGAGAGUUAAUUACAUUCGUUAGGAUAUAAUUUUUUCCAGUCUUGGAAACACAAGCCUUCUAGACAGUGAAGUCAGAUGAAAUCAGAGGUGACAUAUAAUCUUACGAUGCCUUUGUAAAGCUGACAAGUUUCUUAGUAAGGCGUACAUCGUAAAUGACUUUCAAUGGUUGUAAUGAACGUCUCUUAUCACAGCGUUUGAAGUGUGAAGAAAGCCCACUUUUGGAAAGUGGGCUAGGAAGGAAUGGCGGAGUUCUGGCUGAUUGCAGUUCCUCUGGACAAAGUCAGUUCACAGUCUUUGGAAAAGCUUAAAAGGGCCACAGUCAAAGCUAGCCUGGGAAGUUACUUCAGAUUUCACAUCCCAGAGCUGAAGGUAGGCACGCUGGAUGUAUUGCUUAGCGUGUCUGAUGACCUCUCCAGACUGGACUCCUACACAGAAGAUGUAAUGCGGAAAACGUCUCAGUGUAUAGCAGAGCUCAUGGAACAAUCCGGUGACAAGUUCAAGGAGAACGUCCUGACUAAUGGAGAGCAAAAGGCACAUCGCAAACUUCCACAGUCGCCAGUGAAAAUGUAUUUCCAAGCCUUGCGAGUGGAUCUGACUGCAUAUAUGACAAAGUUCCAGUGGGACAGAGCCAAGUAUCCCACUGCGCUGGCACUUAAACCUCUCACUGAUCUUAUCUUCAAGCAAGUGGCCCAGGUCGAGACGGAGAUGAAGUCUCGUAAUGCUGCUUACAGUGACGUGAAACUCAGCCUGCGAUCGCUUGAGGAAAAAAAGGAGGGAAGUCUGCAAACCAGAUCUUUGACUGGCAUUGUGAAAAAGGAGGACCUGGUUCUCAACUCUGAAUAUCUCACCACUUUACUAGUUGUGGUGCCCAGGACGUGCAUUAGGCAGUGGGAAAACACCUAUGAAUCUAUGUCAGAGUUUGUGGUUCCUCGCUCUAGCAGGAAAUUGCUGGAGGAAGAUGAUGCUGGGAUUUUCACUGUGACACUAUUCAAAAAUGCUGUCAGCGAAUUCAAAGCCAAUGCCAAAAAGCACAAAUUUGCAGUGCGGGACUUCAGCUUAGAGGAAGUAGAGAGGCAACAACAGGAGAUGAGCCGCCUCAGUGGUGAUAAGAAAGAACAGUAUGGAAUAUUUGUGCGCUGGCUGAAAGUGAAUUUUAAUGAAGUAUUUGUGGCCUGGAUCCACAUUAAGGCCCUCAGAGUGUUUGUUGAGUCAGUCCUCAGGUAUGGCCUGCCAGUCAGUUUCCAGACUCUCCUGCUGCAGCCACAGAAGAAGCAGGUAAAACGGCUACGAGAGGAGCUCAACUCCGUAUUCACACACCUGGACCCCAUAACUGUGACUGGAAAACAGGAAGUGGGACUUGACAUUGCAGAGGUUAACCUAGGACAGCAGGAAUACUACUCCUACAUCUAUUACCCAAUCAGCAUUAACUUAGUGGACUCCAGCUAGCAGACACAGACUAAACAAAAAAUAGACUCAUACAUCAUACCCAUGUGACCCAGACAAGGAUCUCAAAACGGCUAAAGAGACUAACAAAGACAAAUGUAAUUGAAGAAUGUAAACAUCAAUGUAACACACACACACAAGGUCUGAUUUAUUCACACGCUUGAAUACACACCUCCCCACCAUGUAGUCAAGCGAAAAGUGGGUAUAAAAAGGGUAUAAUGAUGUAUUGUAUUGUUUAACGAUGUACAUAAGUGUAAAUAAUCUCAAAACGACUAUGCAGCAUUUAGAAAAGCAUUGUACACCAGUAUAUUUAAUCAUGUUAUAUUUAUGUUAAUGCCAUUUCAUUACUUUCCUUCUGUUUUGUAAUUCUUUUUGUUUUUUUCUUCUAAAUGAAAGGAAAGCUAGUCUAAGAAGGGCAGCUCCUGGACCUCAGGGUCUAAACAUAAGUGAGCCAGGUCUUAUAGUAAUAAUAAUAAUAAUAAUAAUAAUAAUAAUAAUAAUAAU